AUGCAAAGUGUUGUUUUAUGCUGUUUGGUCUUGGUUUGUUCUGGUAGCGACAAAUGGGACACUUUGGAAUAUGUUCAGAUUGUAGGUUUGUCAUCUGCUUUAAAAUAUUUUUUAAAAAUUUUUUACAAAGCGAAAAAUGGCAAGAACUUUCUUCAGAAGAGAGAAUUACAAAAACUUUCUUUGCAAAACAAAAAUGGCAAGAACUUUCUUUACAAAACAAGAAAUGGCAAGAACUUUCUUUACACAACAAAAAUGGCAAGAACUUUCUUUCCAAAACCACAAAACCUCCUAAACCCAAAAAUUUCAGAUUUUCCGUCACGGUGACAGAACGCCCCAAAACCUAGUAGUCACCGUACCCGGUGGUACACCAGCCGAGUGGACGAAAUUAGGUAAUGACGAGCUAACCUCACUAGGUUUAGAGCAAGCUAUACAUCUUGGCCGUGUAAUCAAACAACGAUACGAAGGCUAUAUAUCAGAAUCCUACGACAACUCCGAACUUUCACUUCGUAGCUCCGAUUUCGGACGAACUAUAUCAUCAGCUCAAGGCGUAUUGGCUGGGAUGUAUAAUGAGACAGUCCAAAGGAUUGGCUAUGUUCCUAAGGGUGUGAAGAUGAAGGCACAGUACAAUGAUAAGGUUUGUGCUUAGUUUUCUUUGUGAUAUCUUAUUAUUAUGGUUGCUUUAAGAAUUAGGCCUCUUAUAAUACUGUUCGUGACUGUUAUAGUACCUUCUACAACACGUAUGGCCCUUCUUGUGAUUUUUAUAAUACGUUUAAUCAUAUUAACCUUAUUGAACCUACUCAAGAUUCACAUUAUAACACUGAUACUUUAGGAAAUGUACUACCAUGCACCAUGCCCAAAAGCCGAAAACGAGCGAUGGCGGGUUCUUAAUGGGGAUAAUGAAUUUGUAAACCUAAAAGACUCCUACAGUCAUCUCUUGAACAUUAUGGAGGAGAAUGUUAUCAAUCCAAAUUCCAAUUUUGGUCUUGGAGAUGUUUUUGCUGUAGCCGAUUCGUUGAAAGUCAUGGUAGGGUAAUGAAAGACUUGAUAAAAGUUACAGAAUGGUCCUUAAAUAUAGUACGAAAAAUUUUUAUUUGAAGUGCCGUAUCUUCUCCUACCUGACUCGGAGGUACCCUACCAAGCCCUACCUUACAAUAAAUUUUCCUACCCUGCCCUACCAUACCCUAUCCUAUCGUACCCUAACCCACAUUAUCCUAUCCUUCCUUACCGUACCCUGUCCUACCCUGCCCUAUUCUACCAUACCCUACCGUAUUUACUCUACUCUACAAUAAGACACCAUAAAUUUUCCUGGAUCACACUGUGCUUCCCUACCCUACUUUACAUGAAAUUUUUACUACCGUAAUCAAUCGAUUCCUGUCUCAACAGAUCGUGCUAACCAUAAAACAAAUUUUACAUCUAAUAAUUACCGCGCGUAACCUUAUUAUUUCAGAAGCUCCACAACAUGACCCUGCCCUACUGGGUCACUAACGAUGUUUACAAUGACAUCAUGUAUGUGAACGACCAAAUUGGCUGGGGACUUUUUAAAACCCAUUUGUUAAAGCGUUUACGAGCCGGCCCACUGUUGGACAACCUUCUACGUCGUAUGCAUAACUACAUAGUCGGGGUUGUGGAUCAACGACAGCGCAUUCGAUUACUCUCGGGUCAUGACACUAGUCUGAGCGCUUUGAUCAGUGUUUGGGGACUUAAUAUUACGGUAGGGUAUUUUACAGUACAGUAAAAUCUAUAAAAAAUUCUAUAAUGGUACUGUUAGUACCUUUUUUAUUACCCUUAGUACCACUAUAGAACUUAUAAAGACUUAUAGUAGUCAUGUAUCGUAGAUUACGACUACCACAACGACGUAUUUUACUACUUCUACUAUUUCCCGUAUAACUUGUCCCUUGCAGACUGCGCCGGAGCUAUGUUCAGCCCUGGCCUUACAACUACAUUACCAUCGAGAUGUUGGUUACUACGUCAAGUUUUUCUACCGCAAUUCCACAAAUUCGGAUAAAUUUGUAGAAGUUCAGUCGGACAUAUGUGGCAAGACAUGUCCGUUAAAGAAAUUGACACAAUAUACCGACAAGCUGGUACCCACCAACUGGUUAAAGGAAUGCGGGUUUGGUGAUGAGUUUGUGGUUAUGGCCGUUAAGCAGAGCGAACGGAAGUAUCUUGGUGAGUUUUUUAAAGAAUUUUUGUGUUGUAAAGAAAGUUCUUACCGUUUUUCGUCUUGUAAAGAAAGUUCUUUCCAUAUCUUGUUUUGGAAACAAAGUUAUAGCCAUUUUUUAGUUUGUAAAGAAAGUUCAUGCCAUUUUUCGUUUUGUAAAGGUUGUUCUUGCUAUUUUAUGCCUUGUAAAGAAAGUUAUUGCAAUUUCAUAAUUUGCAAAGAAAGUUCUUGCCAUUUUUUGUUUUGUAAACAAAGUUCUUGCCAUUUUUUAUUUUGUAAAGAAAGUUCUUGUCAUUAUUAAUAUGUUGACCAUUUUAAUGCUGACCGUCACGUAUUUUACCUCAAUUUUCAGGGAUUUUUGUGCUACAAACCACCAUAUUUGUGUUGGUACUGGUCGUAGCGGCCUUAAAAUGGUUUGGUACCAAACUUGGCCGCCGAGUCAUACCGACCGGCCGAAAAACGGACAGCAUUAAUAUGCCCGGUAUUUCUGUAAAUUCUGUUUGA